GGCUGUGGUAAAGGCUUUAAGACAAACCAACAGUUAGAACGGCAUUCAUUUACACACAAAACAAUUAAAUCAUUUAAAUGUGAUUAUAAUGGCUGUGAAUAUCGUGGCGUUAGUCAAAAGUUAUUAACACAACACGUGAAGACACACUCGACAACUGAGAUGUCAUUUAAAUGUGAUUUCAUUGGUUGCGAGAAGACAUUUAAGACAAAAAGUGGUCGACAUUAUCACCGCAAGACUCACGAGAGUGAACCGACGUAUAAGUGCGGGACCGGCGGCUGUAACGAGACGUUUCAUAGCACACACAUGCGGUACAGACAUCAGGUGGCCGUUCAUAACCGUCAGCUGUUUAAAUCACGUCAGGGACCGCCAAAGCGGCGCCGCUGCCAAUGGCCGGGAUGUGAUUACUUCGGCCGAUGUCUGUCAAGACACACACGGCUCCACACCGACGAGCGCCGACACCCGUGUGUUUGGCCCGAUUGUGGCAAACGGUUUAGAUCUAGCGAUCGACUCAAAGAGCACAUGAAUAUCCAUAAUAACGUUAAGCCGUUUGGAUGCGAUUGGCCCGGAUGUACAUACAGUGCCGCUAAUGAAGACAAUCAACACUUCCGGACAUUAUCUCAACGAUUGGAUCAAUUGAAUGAGCAGAAGAGCACACGAGUUAACGACAAUUAUAUUACCAUUGAAUCUGAUUCGCGACUUAAGAGUCCAUCGAAACUACAAUUGAAGCGAAGAAGAAAACCUCGAAAACAAGAAGUGAUACAAACUUUCAAUGACAAGAAUACCACUCGUGAUGAACAAAUCAGUGGAUCAGAUGUACGGCCAAAGAGUUCAUCAAUUGAUAAACAAUUGAAAAGCGAAGAAGAAAACCUCGAAAACAAGAAGUGA